AUGGGAAAUCAGAAGAAGAAGACACCCCAAAAGUAUCUCGUCCUCGUGUGGCAUAUCUUAAACUCUAAGGAGCAACCGAAAAGUGACAAAACUAAUAAUCCUGUGCGUCCAUCAACACCUACUGGUAUGGCAGAUUUAACGUUUGACGCUACUCGUCGCAAAGCAAGGGAUCCGAACCUGAAUUUUUCUUGUGGCACGGAGUAUCCCUUGCCUUUUAUUGUUAUAGAAAACAAUCCCGAGCACGACUUGUUUGUACGCGGACAUUCCCGCUGGAUAUCGGUGUAUCAUGACGGGAGAGAGACAAGUCGUGCUGCUGCAGCACUUCUACUCACACUGCUACGCCACGGCUUACGCUACCGACAGCUACGUAUACGCCAACUAUCACUAUCUGGACUCUGUGGACUACGUAUACAACACGAGGAGAAUUUCGAGGAAGAUCACAUAAACCAAGAACAAGAAGUAGUGUUAGCCCCGUCAAUUGCUUGGAACGAAACAGCACCCGAUGAAUGUAUCUCAGAAACUGAUUCGGGGGCGGAGCCUCUUCAGGUGGUGGGUGCAGGUGCGGCUCCCGUUUCACUAAACCGUCUUCCAUGGAAUCAGAAUUUAUAUUCAGACACAAUUCGAACAGUUCGAAUUGCCGAUGUGUCCACUUUACGGAAUUUCGCGCCUUCAAUAUUAGAAGUAUUCAGUUCAUUCUUGCCAGAAAUUAAUGAUAUAAGGAACGUACUCGAGUGGUUGAAAUACCAACAAGAUGACUUAGAAGAAUCGGCAUGUUCCUGGGCAUUAAAUAACUCUGGAGUAUUUAACACAUGGCUACAAAUCAGAAGAGUACGUGUAUACGAAGUGGCUGUGUUUUUAUGCGACGAUGAUCAAGAUAGUACUAUCUACGAAUCAGUUUUAACUGAGAUCUACGGAAUACAUAAAGAACGUUACAGGCACAUAAAUUCGAAAUAUAAAAUAUGUACAGUUCCGAGAUAUUUAUAUGUCAACUGCUCUGAUGAGUAUUCGCUCAUGAAGAUGUUUCUUGAAAGAGCUCAGAGCGUAUAUUGGCCGCGUCUCAUAGGUGUCGUAGCUAGAGGCGUUGGACUUAGUGCUGCUGCUAAUGUGGCUUCGUCCUUAGACACCGCCUUAGUUCUAUAUGAUACACCUCACGAUAUUCUGCCUUAUGUUCAUACUGCUUCCGGUAGAUUACAAGAUCUCUCACUCGCAUUUCAAUAUUUCCUUACGUCGUGUCAAUGGACUCGGCUGGGAAUAAUUUCAGAAAACACAAAAUUUGCAGUUGCUUUUGUAACUUCUCUAAAUACUGUAAACAAUUUAAUUAUACGGGAUGUUUCAAUUGACUCCGGCGUCGAAACAGCUUUACGCAUACUUAACAAAGAGAAUGCACGCAUUAUAUUUAUUAACGCAAAUUCCGAUAUUGCAUUAUCUAUUUUAUGCGAGGCUAAUGAACUAAGAAUGUUAACUGAUACUUCCUAUGUUUGGAUAUUACGUGAAUGGCACUAUAAAGACAUGAAAUGUGCAAAUUCUACGUUACGGGGAAAUGAAUUUCUUCACUUUACAAUUAACUUUUGGUGGAGAGGUGGAGAUAGAACUUCGUUGUCGCUCGACUCGAACCAAACAGCCGUCCAGGAGAAGUUAGAAAAGCUAUGGAGCGCUCCCACAUGGCCGCUAAGGGCCGCACCUCUGGUAGAUGCUAUGACAAUGCUAAUACAUGGAUUUUAUAAUUUAGUACAAAGUCGACCACAUUCUCAUGAUGACUUACAUAGUAAAGAGACACAUAGAGCACUUUGGGCGUCUUAUGAUCUAAAUCCACCGUUAGGUGUUAUGCAAAAGUUAAACCUACAUCAGCAAGCGGUAAAUCAUCCUUAUGUGUAUGUCUACAAAUGGCAAGGCCAACUAUCGGCAGUGUGGCAGAUUUACAAUGGCCGCGUGCAUGUAAUAUAUCAGCCACGACCCUUCUUUGAUAGCUCAUCGCCUACAGAUGGUCAUAGUUCAUGUCUGACACAGACGAAUAACAUCGAAUUCGCACCACACUGCCACGAUAUAGCUUGGUUCAUAGCGAUAGGAGCAGUGGUAAUCGCCAUUCCAGCAACAAUUCUUGCGCGCCGCGCCAGACAUGAGCAAAUUGCACGUCGCGACCGUGUGUUGACAGCGCGGCUAUUAGCUCGAGGGCGUCGCGCUUCGGCAGCACUCGCAGCACAUCUUGUAGAUCGCGCUACACUACAACUUGGCCGUGAGCUCGGCACUGGCCGCUUUGGACGUGUUUUUCUUGCCGUUCUUCGUCCACCUGGGAAGCCACCACUUGUCGUCGCAGCGAAAGCACUUCGAGAAGAAGCUACAAAAGCAGAGGAGAGGGAAUUUCUUAAUGAAGCAGUGACACUAGCAUCUCUAAGAAACAAUCACGUCGUGAGGCUGAUAGGAGUAUGCGCUACAGGUGGCCCUCCACUCGUAUUGAUGGAACACGCUUUUUUUGGAGAUUUAUUAAAAUAUCUUCAGGAGCGGCGACAUCUGGUCGACAGAGUGGGAGAAGCGAGUGCAAAGACUGAACAAGUGUCAGCUCGAGUAUUAACACGAUUUGCCCAUCAAGCGGCCUUAGCGCUUGAAUACUUGCGACAGCAGCGAUUCGUACAUAGAGACGUACGUGCCUCUAACUGUCUGGUAGAUGCCCGUCGUUCGUUGAAACUAGCAGACUUUGGUUUAGCUCGUAAGACAGAGAGCGGGGCAACGGGGGGCGAAGAAGAAUACUCUUGUCGACGACGUGGAUUGUUCCCGGUGUUGUGGAUGGCUCCAGAGAGUUUGGAGCGCGGCGUAUUCACGGCAGCUUCUGACAUAUGGGCAUUGGGUGUGCUUCUGUUGGAAUUAACCACACUAGGCGCGCGACCCUACGGCUGUUGGGCUCCUGAGCGAGUGAUGCGAUUUGUCUGCGCCGGUGGAUAUCCACCAUUACCAGAAGGCAUUACGCCAGACUUGUAA